AGGACGCGCACGCGGUGCAGAGCAGCACGAUGGCGGCGAUCAGGAGCGCCGUGAAGGCCCGCGCAGACGCCUCCCGCGUGGCGGCGCUGGCGGCGAAGGCGGAGCUGCUGCAAAAGCGGGCGCUGGCGGUGCAGGCCAAGGAGGAGGACGCCUUCCUGGGGCUCAUCGAGCCUGUCGAGCGAGCCACCAGGGCGCAAAUCGAGGCGAUGCCGCCCCCACAGCCGCCGUUGUACCUGCCGCCCAUGGCGCACGUGGCGCCCCGCUUCCGCGAGCUGUCCUUCUCGUGAGCCGCCAGCGCGGCCCGGCGCGGCGGGGGCUCCCGGGGCGAGGGCGCGCUAAGAGGCGCCUUCCUCCGAGGCGGGAGUUUCUACACGACCACCGCCUGGAGGGUCAGUUUUCGGAGCCUCGUCACGCUGUGGUUAUGGACAUAUUCGGGCCCCCAGGGGCCGAAGUAUGUCCAUAGCCACCGCCCGCUGGGGCACCAGGGCGUCGGCUCCCAGGCGGUGGAUCUGGAUCAAUUCCCUCCUCGCGCUUCAGGCCUCGGAAGAAAUAGGCGAACUUUCCUGCCCCAUUCAGGCGCCUGUGCCUCAGUGGCUAACUGAAUGCCUCAGCGUCCAUUCACGCGCCUCGGAAG